CGGACAAAGAGGGACAACACAGCAGAAAGAACAAAACAAAAUGCAAAUUAUGACCUCUACGGUCAUAAUACACCUAAACAAGAGUUGGGAGAAUUGAGAGCUUUAUAAACCACUGGAUCAUUCUGGUGCUGGAGAAAAUGUAUAAUUUAGCUCAUCUAAGCAGGUUUAGAUGAUUUAUCACAUAUGAACACUUCGUUUUCUGAAACAUAUCGAGAUCUAGCAGAUCUAGCAUACUCAAAGAUCUUUUCUCUUAGUGUUUUAUUUUAGUGUGAUUGUGUGGUUUCAUCUGUGGUGCUUUUAUUGUCUGUUCUUAUUUCAAGUGAACCGGAAGGAAGAGGCUUUUAGUUUCUAUCAAACUGCUGCUGGUCUCGUUUCAGUCAGCUGCAGAAUGGAGGGAACAUCUGUCCAGAGGCUGCUGGUUCUGGGCUCUCUGCUGUGCUGCACAACAAACCAAGCUCGUCUGACUGUGAGUCCCAGCAGCUCUCAGGUCUUUAAAGGAGACUUUGUGUCUCUGAGCUGUGAGGAGGACGACAGCUCUGCUGGAUGGACUCUGAGGAGAAACACCACCAAACGACAGAGGACUCAGUGUGGAGCUGACUGGGGAGAAGCAGCUGGUUCUUCCUGUGACAUCAGCUACAUCUUCUCAUCAGACAGUGGAGUUUACUGGUGUGAGUCCAGAGAGGGAGCAACCAGUAACAGCAUCAACCUCACUGUCUCUGGUGGACCAGUGAUCCUGCAGAGUCCUGUCCUCCCUGUGAUGGAGGGAGAUGACGUCACUCUGCUCUGUAAAACAGAGACCACUCCCUCCAUCCUCUCAGCUACUUUCUAUAAAGAUGGCUCCUUGAUCAGGACUGAGUCUACAGAUCACAUGACCAUCCACCAUGUUACCAGGUCUGAUGAAGGCCUCUACAGGUGUAACAUCAUCAGUCAUGGAGAGUCUCCAUCCAGCUGGAUCACUGUCACAGAAAAACCUACAACCACAGCUCCACCCACAACUACUGAGGCCACGCCCCCUCCACCAUCCUCCCUCCACCUUGUUCUCAGACUGGUCUGCCACCUGGUGGUGUUCUGUCCAUACUUCCUCUCCACUGUCCUCAUGGUGUCUUUAUGUCGACACAGACCAACAGGUAACAUUCACUGAUCAAUCAAUCAAUCAAUCAAGGACAGUUUUCUGAAUUAAUUCACUGUCUACAUUUUCAUUUUCACCUGUUCUUUCUGCAGGAAAAGACCUUCCUGUCUCCACAAUGAUGAUCUCACCCCACACUGAGCAGGGAUUGGUUGAUGACUACAAUGAUGUUGAUUAUGUCACCACAGAGCAUCACUUCUGAAGUGAUCAGGUCUCUGGUCUGAUCUUGAACUCAGAAACCAGCAUCAUCUCUUCCUGACUGUGUCAGAGUGGAGAAGAAUCAGGUGAAAGUGAAGGAAUGUGGAGGCAGACGUCUUAAACUGGUCACUAACUAACAUCAGAGACUUUUCUCAGUCCUUCACUUCAACUUGAACACUGAAGGAAUGAAUGUGCAGUCAUAUGGAUGAAAUAUCAAUGUGUACAUCGAUUAUAUGAUGUGCACAAUGAUGGAAUUUGAUCAUACAGAGAAA